AUGAGACAUUCCAUAGUUAGGUUGGUUGCUUUAUGUUCCUCCUACAUACGUGUGAGUGGAAGUGAUGUUGGAAGGGGAGCGAAUGUGGUCACAAUUGUUGUCAUUGUAAAUAUGCUAGUUUAUGAUCUUGCGAUCCUGGGGCUUUGUGCACGUGUAUGCGACACUCACGAGUGGCCCGAAACCAGAUUCCAGCAACCAGAAAUGGAUCUUAUUUAUUUUCAUACAUUGGUUUCUCUUAUUCGGGAUGUUCUUUGCUUUGUUACUUUCAAUCGAUUUCGCUUAGCUUUCAAGUCCCCAUAUCCGGCAAAAGGUUUGGAUUUAGACCAUUCUAUCUGGUGUCCUGCCAUUUUAGAAGAUCAUUGCUCCCGUAUAUGGGCUGCAUCGGCUGACAGGACUCCAACUAGUAGUGGUGGUGGCAGUGGAAACGAUGGGAUCCAAACCGUCUCCGUUUCAUGCGCUGGCACACUUUCGGGUAACGGCUAUUCAUUCGGACCUACCGGCGCUGGUGGCCCUAUAGUAAAGGUCCCUAGUACUUCAGGGCCUUGUCUUUUACCGAGAUGCAGCAGCUGUCAACCAGCCAAUACCAUAGCAGCCAAUCCUCUACCGACCUGGUUAAUUUCUGCACCGCUUUCUCUUCCUCCUCAGAUUCAUUCUCUUGCGCCACUCCCCUCGUCUACUACAAAUGAUGUCUUUAACCCACCUCGUUCAGCAUCGUCAUCUCAGCAACAUGUUUUCCUGUUGCAACAAGACUCUCGUCCACCGGUGCCCUCUUACACUUCUUUUAUUCCUGGAGCGAGCCAAAAACAGACUGGAUUUCACGUUACACCCAAUACAGAGUGUCCUGACUGUGCCACCAGCCCAUUACGUCUUGCAACUGCUCGGGGAUAUCGUUAUUCGCAGCGAAGACAACAGCCUCGUGCUAGACUUCGUCGGCGUAGCCCCGCUGUCGCCAACACCAAUGCUAACCACGCUUCUAUCGCUACCACUUGCACUCUGGGUUGCCGUCCGAGUUCUGGUAACGUAGCAUUUACGUUAGCCUCACAGAUUGAAGCUGCAUGGCCGCACAGAGACAUAUUGCUUCCACAUCCAAAUGAGAUGAGUCGUUCAGCCCCCACUGAACAUGGUCCUUCUGUUAAUACGUGCGAUGGCUUUCAACACCAAUGA